CUGGUCACACAAACAGAUGAGGAACACAACACAGUCCACUACAGCGAGAGAAACUAGUGUUAGUUUACUGAAUGUGGAAAUGAAAAUAUAGAAAAGGGUAAAACUCAGAGAAGAAGAUAGUUGAUGUCUAAAAAUAUGUGAACGUCGUACGAGGUAAAGUCAGAACAGAUAUCAAAGAUUCAACGUCACGAGAAUACAAUCAUAUAGCACGGAUAAAGAUUCAACAAGAGACUCAGAAGACCGAACAGAAAGGAUUGUUGAUAUCUACGUCAGUGCAGAGGCUGUAAGAGACAUGAAACAUAAGAAAGAGACAGAAGACUUCAACACAGAAGAACCCCGAACACCUCGACACACAGAAGACUUCAACACAGAAGAACCCCGAACACCUCGACACACAGAAGACUUCAACACAGAAGAACCCCGAACACCUCGACACACAGGAAGUGAUGGUGUGAUGAUCAGAAGCUCCAGAGCAGCUGCAGUAGUGUUUGUGCUGCUGUGUGUUCUUCUGCUGACUGCACGCAUUAUACUGUGUGCCACCUUCACCCAAGAGAGACAACAGCUGAAGACUAAGAUCACCAACCUCACUCAAGAGAGACAACAGCUGCUGACUAAGAUCACCAACCUCACAGAAGAGAGAGACCAGCUGAAGAUCAUCAACCUCACAGAAGAGAGAGACCAGCUGAAAUCAGAAAUAAAUGAUCUUCAGAAGUUUGUGGAUGGAUUGAAGUGUCAUCAAUCAACUCUUUACUUCUUUUCCUCUGAGAAGAAGAACUGGAAUGAGAGCAGAAGAUACUGUAGAGAGAGAGGAACAGAUCUGAUCAUCAUCAACAACACAGAGGAACAAGAUUUUGUGAAGAAUAUUUGUGGUUCUGAUCAUUUCUGGAUUGGUUUGACUGAUAUUGAAGAGGAGGGCAGAUGGAAAUGGGUUGAUGGCAGCACACUGACCUCUGGGUUCUGGGCGCGUGGAGAACCAAACAACUAUCAGGGAAACGAUGACUGUGCUAACACUCGUUCAUCAGGAUGGUAUGAUGCUCAAUGUGAUAGUAGUCUUAAAUGGAUCUGUGAGAAGAGUAUCCUUAAAUAAAUGAUACAUUAUAAUAAAAAUGUACAUAUAUGCAUUAUGAACAAAUAAAUAUGUCGGUAAUUUACCUUUUUUUUAAUGGCACAUUAAUUAGGUUAUUCUGUAAAAACAAAUAAAAAAUAAAUAUAAAAAAAACAUUGUAAUAUUAAAAUGUUCAUAUAAAACUUUUUAAAAUCAUUUUGUUUAGAAUUUUUAGAUCUGAACUAAAAUCUGAAUGUGAAAAACAACAGUGAUGUUUCUACAGACUGAAAUAAAAUCAGUAAUACUCUGAUAUAAUAGAAAUAUUCAUAAAAACAGCAUUGAUCUAAUAUUGUUAACCAAAAUGAUCAUGAUUUUAGGAGUAUUACUCAGUACAUCAGUAAAGUUUGAUGUGAAAUGUGACUCUUGCAGCUUUUUUCUAAUUACAGUA